AUGUCUGCCCCUAACACCAACAAGCCCAGCAAGGGUAUCGUCGGCCAGAUCGGCAACUCCACCUCUAACGCUACCAACUACAUCUCCAAGGCCUCUACUGAUAAUGCCAAAGCGGCGGCGAAACGAGCCAAGAUGAAGGAGAAAAACAAUCGCAGCAUGGAAAGGGAAGACAUCUCGUCGCUCCUGCCUCCUUCAUGA